AUAUGUCUCAAGAUGGCGGCCAAUGUGGGAUCGAUGUUUCAAUAUUGGAAGCGCUUUGAUUUACAGCAGCUGCAGAGAGAACUUGAUGCCACUGCAACAGUGUUGGCUAACCGACAAGAUGAAAGCGAACAGUCUAGAAAGCGGCUUAUCGAGCAAAGCCGAGAGUUCAAGAAGAACACUCCAGAGGAUUUGCGCAAGCAGGUAGCGCCACUGCUGAAGAGCUUCCAAGGGGAGAUUGAUGCACUGAGUAAAAGAAGCAAAGAGGCUGAGGCAGCGUUCUUGAAUGUCUACAAGAGAUUGAUUGAUGUUCCAGAUCCGGUGCCAGCUCUGGACCUCGGACAGCAGCUCCAGCUCAAAGUCCAGCGCAUGCAUGAUAUUGAAACAGAGAAUCUGAAGCUUAGGGAAACUCUGGAAGAAUACAACAAGGAAUUUGCUGAAGUGAAAAAUCAAGAGGUUACGAUAAAAGCACUUAAAGAGAAAAUCCGAGAAUAUGAACAGACUCUGAAGAACCAAGCAGAGACUAUAGCUCUUGAAAAGGAACAGAAGUUACAAAAUGACUUUGCAGAGAAGGAGAGAAAGCUGCACGAGACACAGAUGGCUACCACCUCAAAGCUGGAGGAAGCGGAACACAAGGUUCAGACUCUGCAGACAGCCCUGGAAAAAACUCGAACAGAAUUAUUUGACCUGAAAACCAAAUACGAUGAAGAAACAACUGCAAAGGCUGACGAAAUUGAAAUGAUCAUGACGGACCUCGAAAGAGCAAAUCAGAGGGCAGAGGUAGCUCAGAGAGAGGCGGGGACCUUAAAGGAGCAGCUCUCAUCAGCCAACCACUCGCUCCAGCUGGCCUCGCAGAUCCAGAAGGCUCCGGACGUGGAGCAGGCCAUAGAGGUGCUAACCCGCUCCAGCCUGGAAGUUGAGUUGGCCGCCAAAGAGCGGGAGAUUGCUCAGCUAGUGGAGGACGUGCAGAGACUCCAGGCCAGCUUGACGAAGCUGCGUGAAAACUCGGCCAGCCAGAUCUCCCAGCUGGAGCAGCAGCUCAGCACCAAGAACAGCACACUCAAACAACUGGAAGAAAAGCUCAAAGGGCAGGCCGACUAUGAGGAAGUGAAGAAAGAAUUAAAUAUUCUGAAAUCCAUGGAGUUCGCGCCUUCCGAGGGAGCUGGGACGCAGGACACGUCCAAGCCCCUGGAGAUGCUUCUGCUGGAGAAGAACCGCUCCCUGCAGUCUGAGAACGCUGCGCUGCGCAUCUCCAACAGCGACCUGAGCGGGUCAGCCAGGAGAAAAGGGAAAGACCAGCCUGAGAGUCGGCGUCCUGGACCCUUGCCGGCCUCCCCUCCUCCUCAGUUGCCCCGCAACCCGGGGGAGCAGGCUUCCAAUACUAACGGUACACACCAGUUCUCACCAGCGGGGUUAAGUCAAGACUUUUUCAGCUCAUCCCUGGCAAGCCCCAGCCUACCCCCGGCUUCUACAGGAAAAUUUGCACUAAACUCUCUCCUCCAGCGACAGCUAAUGCAAUCCUUCUACUCCAAGGCCGUGCAGGAAGCCGGAAGCACAAGCAUGAUUUUCCCAACAGGUGCAUACACCACAAACUCCAUAUCUUCCCCAAGUCCAUUACAGCAGAGCCCAGAUGUCAAUGGCAUGGCCCCUUCUCCCAGCCAGUCCGAAAGUGCUGGGAGCACCUCUGAGGGCGAGGAGAUGGACACAGCCGAGAUUGCCCGGCAGGUCAAAGAGCAGUUGAUCAAGCACAAUAUCGGACAGCGCAUUUUUGGACAUUACGUCUUGGGAUUGUCUCAAGGGUCCGUGAGCGAGAUCCUAGCCCGGCCCAAGCCGUGGAAUAAACUGACUGUUCGAGGCAAGGAGCCCUUCCACAAGAUGAAGCAGUUCCUCUCCGAUGAGCAGAACAUCUUGGCUCUCCGCAGCAUCCAGGGCAGACAAAGAGAGAAUCCAGGCCAGAGCCUGAACAGACUAUUUCAGGAAGUACCGAAACGAAGAAAUGGGUCUGAAGGUAACAUCACGACCCGGAUCCGCGCCUCCGAAACCGGCUCUGACGAAGCCAUCAAGUCCAUCCUGGAGCAAGCCAAAAGGGAGCUGCAAGUACAGAAAUCAGCUGAGCCGGCCCAGCCUUCUUCCACAUCCAGCAGCGGGAGCUCCGAUGACGCCAUCCGCUCCAUCCUGCAGCAAGCCCGCCGAGAAAUGGAGGCCCAGCAGGCCACCCUCAACCCUGCCUUAAAACCAGAACCACUCUCCCAGACAGACAUCGCCAUCCUGACCCCCAAGCUCCUGUCCGCUUCACCCAUGCCCUCUGUGUCCAGCUACGCCCCCAUAGCCAUCUCCCUGAAGAAAUCCUCCUCGGCGCCUGAGCCCAGUGGCUCUGCCCUACCAAACCCCUCAGGCAUCAAAAAGGAGCCCCAAGACGGCCCCGGGCCUGAACUUCCGGGAGCUGCCGAUGCCCAGGGGGUUCUGAGACACGUGAAAAGCGAGUUAGGUCGCAGCGGUGUCUGGAAAGACCACUGGUGGAGCACGAUCCAGCCCGACAGGAGGAACACGGUUUCCUCUGAGGAAGUCAAGGUUGAAGACCCCAGCGGUGGGAAAGAAAAGGCCAGCAGCAGCCAGGCGCGGGCCGAGCGCACUCAGCUCCAGGGCCCCUCAUCGUCGUCUGAGUACUGGAAGGAAUGGCCCAGUGCUGAGUCACCAUACUCCCAGAGCUCGGAGCUGAGCCUGACUGGAGCCAGCCGCAGCGAGACCCCUCAGAACAGCCCUCUGCCUUCCUCCCCAGUCGUGCCCAUGUCGAAGCCAUCCAAACCCUCGGUCCCCCCGCUGACCCCUGAGCAGUAUGAGAUUUACAUGUACCAGGAGGUGGACACCAUAGAGCUGACGCGCCAGGUGAAGGAAAAGCUGGCCAAGAACGGCAUUUGUCAGAGAAUCUUCGGGGAGAAGGUGCUGGGCCUGUCCCAGGGCAGUGUCAGCGACAUGCUGUCCCGGCCGAAGCCGUGGAGCAAACUGACUCAGAAAGGCCGCGAACCCUUCAUCCGGAUGCAGCUCUGGCUGAAUGGCGAGCUGGGUCAAGGCGUCCUGCCCGUCCAAGGGCAGCAGCAAGGGCCAGUCAUCCAGUCUGUGAUGUCACUGCAGGACCCCCUGCUGCAGGGCAGUGUGAGCUCAGAAAGCACUCCAAAGACCUCUGCCAGCUGCAGCCCUGCGCCUGAGUCACCCAUGAGUUCGAGCGAAUCCGUGAAGAGUUUGACUGAACUAGUCCAGCAGCCUUGUCCCUCCGUAGAAACCAGUAAGGAUGGCAAGCCGCCUGAACCCAGCGAACCUCCAGCUUCAGACUCCCAGCCCGCAACCCCACUGCCUCUCUCUGGCCACUCAGCUCUCAGCAUUCAAGAAUUAGUAGCCAUGUCUCCAGAGCUGGACACCUACGGCAUAACCAAGAGAGUUAAGGAAGUGCUGACGGACAACAACCUCGGCCAGCGCCUGUUUGGGGAGACCAUUUUAGGGCUCACUCAGGGGUCCGUCUCCGACCUCCUGGCUCGUCCCAAGCCCUGGCACAAGCUCAGCCUGAAGGGACGGGAGCCCUUUGUCCGGAUGCAGCUGUGGCUGAAUGACCCCAACAACGUGGAGAAACUGAUGGACAUGAAGCGGAUGGAGAAGAAAGCCUACAUGAAGCGGCGGCACAGCUCAGUCAGUGACAACCAGCCCUGUGAAUCCCCGUCCGUUGGCAUUGACUACAGCCAGGGUGCCAGCCCCCAGCCCCAGCACCAGCUGAAGAAACCCCGAGUGGUGUUGGCCCCUGAAGAGAAAGAAGCUCUCAAACGAGCGUAUCAGCAAAAGCCAUACCCGUCACCAAAAACCAUCGAAGAACUCGCCACCCAGCUCAACUUGAAAACCAGCACCGUCAUCAACUGGUUCCACAACUACAGGUCCCGGAUCCGCAGAGAACUGUUCAUUGAGGAGAUCCAGGCCGGGAGCCAAGGCCAGGCCGGAGCCAGUGACUCCCCCUCGGCCCGAAGCGGCCGGGCAGCACCCGGCUCCGAGGGCGACAGCUGCGACGGCGUGGAAGCCCCCGAGGGUCCGAGCGCUGCAGACGCCGAGGAGCCGAGCGGCCCCGCGGCCGCCGCCAAGUCUCAGGGAGGGUCGGCCUUGGAGGAGCGCCAUGAGGCACCACCGCGGCCGCCGGAGAAGGCGGAGCCGCCGCCCUCGAGGAGCCCAGAGCCCGCUACCGCCACCACCACCGAGGCCCAGUCCCGGGCGCCGCCGCCGGAGGGCCCCGCGGACGCAGCAGGGCCCGCGCCCAGCCCGGCCGCCGCGGCCCGGGAGGACGCCGCUACCUCAGCCGCCCCGCCGGCCGCCCGGGAGGGCGCCCCGAGGAGUUCCGCUUUGCCAAGCACCAGCGCCCCGCCGCCCGCCACCACCCGCCGGGCCAGCUCACUGCAGAGCCUUUUCGGCCUCCCCGAGGCGGCGGGCGCCCGGGACUCGCGCGACAACCCCCUGCGGAAGAAGAAGGCGGCCAACUUGAACAGCAUAAUCCACCGCCUGGAGAAAGCCGCCAGCCGGGAGGAGCCCAUCGAGUGGGAGUUCUGA